AUGGAUAAAAGAUACACCGAAUCCUUGCAUGAAAUCUAUGUUUUGUCUCAGUUUGUGAGUAAGAUCCUUUGUUGGGAAGCAGCAGUUUCUUUUAUAUCAUUGGAAGGGAAUGAGCUUAUAAAAGCACAAAAGGAUAUUGAUGGAGGAAAUUCGAAAUCUGGUAAAAAGGACAAGAGAAAGAUGAUUAUGGGAAAAGGGACAAGUGUUUUGAUCCAGUUUAUAAAGGAUAGAUUACUGUAUGACAUCACUAACAAAAUAACUGGUAGUGAUGAUUCAGAUCUGAUAAAGAAAGUAGCAUACAGUUUCCUCUCUUUAUUGAACUUAAAAGACCCUGACUUUGAGCAUCUACUACAGAAAGUUAAAGAAAUUGUCGACAGCAAUGAGAAAAGACGACUUCCCAAGACCCCAAAGGGAACUCGUGAUUUUGCAAACGAACACAUGGCUGCAAGAGAGAAAACAUCCACAACCAUUGUCAAUGUGUUCAAGAGGCAUGGUGCUAUGGGUCUUGAGACUCCUUCAUUUGAAUUAAGAGAAACUCUAACAGAAAAAUAUGGGGAAGAUUCAAAGUUGAUGUAUCAUCUAGAUGAUCAGGGUGGAGAGCUUUUAACUCUUCGGUAUGACCUAACAGUUCCAUUUGCUAGAUAUGUUGCUAUGAAUGGUCUCACAAAAUACAAAGCAUAUCAAAUUGGAAGAGUGGAUAGAAGGGAUAAUCCAUCUAAAGUAAGACUCCGUGAAUUCUAUCAAGGUGAUUUUAACAUUUCGGGUGAUGAAUCAAUAGAAGCUGAUUUUGAAGUUGUUAAAGUCUUGAUUGAAGUGUUAAAUGAGAUCGAUAUUGGUGAUUACAUGAUAAAGAUGAAUCAUCGAAAGUUAUUAGAUGGAAUGUUGGAAAUAUGUGGUGUGCCUAAUCACAAAUUGCGAACCAUUUGUUCAAGUAUUGACAAAUUAGACAAACAAUCAUUUGAAGAAAUUAAAAACGAAAUGAUUGAAGAGAAGGGGUUAGAUGCCGAGACAGUUGAGAAAAUUGGUGCAUAUGUGGUGCUAAAAGGAGACCCUUUGAAAUUACUCUCACAACUCAAAAACGAAGGAAGCGAGUUUCUGAAAAAUGAUUCAGCAAAUGAAGCAUUGAAGGAUUUGGAGAAGCUGUUUGAAUAUCUGAAGAAGAGAAAAUGCAUUGAGAAAGUGGUGUUUGAUUUGAGUUUAGCGAGAGGGCUUGAUUAUUACACAGGAGUUAUAUUUGAAGCUGUUUUGAAAGAGGGGCCCACAGAAGCUUGUUCGAUUGCUGGUGGUGGACGUUUUGACAAUCUGAUUGGGAUGUUUGGUACAAAACACGUGGCAGCAGUUGGUUUUGGUGUUGGAAUAGAUCGCAUCCUCACUAUAAUGGAGCAACUCCCGAAACAUGACAACCAGGAAAUCCGGGGGGUUGAAACGGAAAUAUUGGUGAGCGUAUUGGGGGAUGACAAGUCAUUGGCAAUUGAGUUAGUGGACAUGUGUUGGGCUGCGAAACUGAAAGCAGACUAUAUUGUGAGUAAGAGGCUGAGUAAACAUUUUGAUAUUGCUAAACAGUUUCGGAUCCCGUGGAUGGUGAUUGUAGGUCAGCAUGAAAUCGAUAAAGGAAUUGUUACUAUCGCAAAUAAGCAGGCGAACGUAUCAAAACAAGUUGUUAUGUGCGAUUUUGUGGAAGAACUUAUCACACUCAUCAACACUACCACCUUGUUAUAG